AAACUCGUCACACUCACCACGUACACACGCGAGGUGAUGAUUUGACAGGUAGUAGAUCGAACUGUUAUGGAAAAGAUUGAUCUUAGCAGCCUGGAAGGUGAUAUCAACGUCCCGGAAUCUCAAGUAAAGAAAAGAGGAUUCCAUAACCAUAUGUCUGCAAUGAAGAAUAGAAUCAUGGCAUUGACCCUGUCAAGUGUGUCAGCUCGAGAAUGGCUCGCCCGUACUCGGGAAGGAAUCAAGCCAUGGGGAGAAUUCAUCAAUACCAGCAGGUUCCAGGUCCCAAAGUCUGUUGCACCAGUUCCAAAAAGAAUAAUGAAAAAUAUUGAACAGUUUCAAAGCAAUUACCUUUUUGUCUUCCUCGGACUAGUCCUGUUCUGUGUACUUACCUCCCCUAUGUUACUGAUCGCCAUAGCAGCAUGUUUAGGAGCAUGUUACAUCAUCAACAUCAAAAAUCAUGAGAAGAAAUUGUCAAUAAUGGGUAAAGAGUUGAGUGUUUCCCAGCAGUAUGGAGCCGUGGGCUUGUGUUCUUUCCCUCUGUUUUGGUUGGCCGGGGCGGGUUCUGCUGUUUUCUGGAUUAUUGGUGCCUCAUUUUUCGUUAUAAUGCUUCACGCCUCGUUUUACACCCAGCCUGAAGAGGGCGAAGAAGUCGAUCUGAUGAUGGACGAAGUUGUAUGAUGUCACUCAUUCAGCAAUAGAGUGAAGAAGGAGGAAUUCUGACUGGAUGUGAUGUGCCAUUCUUUAUAACAGAACUUCGAGAAGGACAAGAUCAAACAUGACGUGAUAGAUCUAAGAAAAACUGGGAAAAACUUUGACUAUACUAAGCAAAUAACAUGCCUAUAUUUAAUAAGCUUUUAUUAUUUAGUUAAAUUAAAUUUAGACCAUUUCAUUUGAAUUGUGGGUCUGAUAUUCUUUGGAGAAAUCUGUAUGCUCGUUUAGAAUCAAAAUUGCCCCUCUUGCAAAUGUAAUCCUCUGGACAGACACUCAUUCUUACGCAUUUUGUAACUUGAUAAAAAUGUUUUGUGUUAAAUAUGAAUGUUUUAAUGAUGGCAUAGUAGAUUCUCCAUAUGCCUAAUUAGUAAUCAAAAAUUAAGAAGUUUUAGAAAUCUCAAGUCAAGGUCUUUUUGAGCCUAAAUUAAAAAGAAAUUUUCCUCUUGUUUAUCCCUCUACUUUGUGCUCAAAGGGUGUUAAAGAAUAUUGUAUAUUUUUGUUAAAUAUAUUGUUAACAGCUUAUGUUUUGUGUAUGUAUAUACAAUAUACAUAAAUGUGGGAAUACUUGUGAUAUUAAAUCUACAGAAUUUAUUUACAAAAAUCUUUUACUGUAUAUAGAACUAAUAUAUUUCUUGAUGUUAGAACUUCAUCUGCCUGGUGAAACGGAAAUUAUUUAAAAAAAGAAAAAACAAACAAACAAACUUGAUCAUAGCAGAGAUAUGAAUAACAAAACUAUAAUGUAGGUCUUGCUUUUUCGCCAGUUUUUUCCAGCAGCUUGUGCUUUCAUAAAUUGGGAAAAUUAAGUAAGGUUUUAGUGAAAAUGGGCUAGAUAUAUGUACCUGGGUUUUUUUUUCUCCAUUUUAUCAUUGAAACUUAUUAUUUAAAAUCAAAAUUUUGAAAAUCCAAUAAGCACAGAAAGAAAUAUAGCUCAUGAUAUGAGACACAAUAUUAGCAUCCCAGCAACUGUACCCUUAGCAGUGAUUUAAGUUUUGAUAGUGGACUUCAAGUCCCUGAGGUUUGCUUUGAUCCUGUGUGUCACGUCUUAAAUUCUUACAAAUAACUGGAAUUGUUCAGAGUAUGCACACAUUUCAUUUUAUUUUUAAAUUAUUCAAAAUUAUCCGAUAUCCAACAACUAUGAAAUUGAUUAAGCAAUUUAAACAAUGUUGAGACACCUUCCCAUCUACACUUUUACACUUAUGAAUCAAAGGACAAACCAUCUGUUUGGUGCAGUUUUAUGGCCUUGAUUUGAAAUUUACUUUAUUCAUCACACAAUGGGCCUGUUAUCCACUAAAUUUGACAGUGUAAUAUUUUUGCAUGUGUUCUAGUGUCAUAUACCCUGGAGAAUUUUUGAUUGUCGGCAUGUGCCAGUAAGAAUAAUAUAAUCUAACAUUGGUCUGUUCCCUGGACAGGGAUAUCUCAACUCGAGUGUAAGAGUUUGGCCAGUCAGCACGAGGUUUGCCAGCCAAACUCUUACACGAGGGUUGAGAUAUCCUUGUUCGUUGAACAGAACCAUGUUUGAUUAUUUUUCUCACAUACUUGCAAACAAAUGUAAGUUUUUCUGAAAUUUUUCAUCGUGCCACCUUCAAUGCUCCUUGGAAUGUGGGUCAAAAUUGAUGACAUCAUCAUUUACGACAUGGUUACGCAAUGUAAAAUGAUGACGUUACGUUAUUGUGAGCAGUGUCAUAUAGUGCGUGCCAGCUGUCUUCAUCCCCGUGUGAGUUCAAUUUAUUUUUUCCCUAGAAAAAGCGGGAUAACCCUGUGAAGUAUGUGAUAAUUGAUUGUGAAUUACACAACAAAAUUGUUGUCAUGGUUUGAUUAUGCCCUCCACAUUUUGACUUUAAAACACGUCAAAAUGAAAGGUUUUUAAGUUAUAUGAUAAAAAACAUCUUUGAUUUCAUUUUAUGAAACUCGUCUUAAAGUUUGAAUUUUUGCUUGCCAAGGUUUGCAAAGUAAAACUUUUGUGACUCAUUUCAUAAAAUCGCAUAUGAAAUGAAAACUCAUUCCAGAUUAUUUCUCAAAUCAAAAUCAUAAUGAAAAAACUAUCGUGCAUAAUAGAAAAACUAAAAAACUAAGUGAUUUGAAUUGUCUUGCUUGGAGGGAAGGAGAGAGAAAGUUAUGUGAUUGAGAGAAAGAAUCGAAAACAGCAUCUCAGUUUUAAGAUUUUAGCUGUUUGCCUACCAUACAUGUUCCUUGCUCCACGUUUCUGUCUGAGGAAAUGUUAAUUCUAUCAUGAACUUGUCUUAGAAUAAUUCUAUCUUGUAGAACUAUUACAGCACUGUAAUAAAUACAUGGUGUAUUUAUAUAUAUUGAAAAUUUGACUGAACUGAAAUAUUGUAGCAAAUACAUGUAGUUACAACCAUAGGUCAAUUCAGAGACUGAGGAAAAUGCUGAAAGCCACUAAUAGUGUCUGUUAAUAACAGGUUUAAGAAAAACUCUUUACUUUUUUCUUCAGCUCCGGAGUAUGGGUUGUUACUUUGAGGGAGAAAUAUGAAAAUAAAGGUGAAAAAGCAACACUA